CUCUGAUUGGCCAGAGCGCUUUGUCAGGCCCCGGUAGUAGUUUCCUGUAGUCAUGGCAUCGAUCGAGGCAGAAAAGCAGCGAGGCAAAUAUGCUGCCCUGGCCAUCGCAGCUGUGGUCAUCUUGCUGGGGAUCCCUCUGUGGUGGAAGACCACCGAGACCUAUCGAGCCUGGCUGCCCAUCUCACAGAUCAGCGAGCUCGACUCCUUACAGCUCCAGUUAAGUGUUGAGAUAGAGGUGGUCUUCUCUCGAGGAACGCUGAGCCCUGAACUGCAGUCAAAGGUUCCGCUCAGUCAGACCAGAGAGCAGGAGAAUCAAGUAGAUGGAAAGACCAUGCUGCGGUACAGAUAUGAAACCAAGUACCGCACCGCUACUAUCAUGGAAGAAGAUGCAUUGAACCAACCCAGUGCUGAAGAGGCAGAUCUGUCCCUGCAUAUGCUUAGUGAGAGUGCCUGUGGGUCUGUGGUGGUGUAUAUCAUCCCUGAAAGCUCCACCCUGCUGCCAGCGGAUAUGAAGGUGUAUGUUGGGAAGCGGCGCACUGCUCUGCUGCGUGCUGCUCCAUUUGAGGGGGCUGCUGGUCUAAAGGAGGUGCUGUCUUCUCUGGAGCCUCAGGUCAAGCAAGUGGCCGAUACCAUGUCCUUCAGCCACCCGGACAUUCUGGCUGCCCUGAGUGAUCGCAUCCGCAUCGGCCAAGUCAGCAAGGAGAGACUGGCUGACAGCAUGAGGGCCAUAAAGUCCAGUCCAGGUUAUGAAAUCACCUUCAGUCUCCUGAACCCUGACCCAAAGUCACACAGGCUGCACUGGGACAUCGAGGGGGGCGUUCAUAGCUACAUCCAGCCUCUCUUGGACAAACUCUCUCCACUGGCUAAUUUCUCAGUGGACUCUCAGAUCCUGUACUAUGCAGUGCUGGGGGUCAACCCUCGCUUUGACAGCAGUGUGUCGGCCUACACUCUCAACGCAGACAGCCUGGCUCAUGUCAUCAAUCCUGUGGAGGCCAGACUAGGCUCCAAUGCUGCAUCUUCAAACCCUGUGCUGAACUUCCUCCUAUAUGUGCCUGAUGCCCAGCAUUCUCCUCUCUUCAUCAGAGACCACAGCAAGAAGGAGGUUACCUCCAACGCCUUUCACAGCCCACGCUGGGGUGGCAUUAUGGUGUACAACGUGAAUGAUAUGUACAAACCUGAGGCUGAAUUUCCUGUGGAUAUCAACAUCAACAUGGCGAAAGUAAUGGGUGUCUUUUUGGCACAGUUAAGGCUGAUGCUGGGAGUGCAGAAGACUCAGCCUCCCCCCGGUUUUGUGCUGCAGAGUCCAGGCAGUGCAGGUCUGGCAGACUGGGAGCUGGACCGGUUGAUGUGGAGCCGCAGUGUGGAGAAUGUGGCCACGGCGAGCACCACUAUCACCUCCCUCGCCCAGCUGCUCGACCAGAUCGGCAACAUCGUUAUCAACGACAACAUCGCCCAGCAGGUUUCCAGUGCUGUGACGUCUCUGCAGGCAGCAGUGGCUGAGCUGGAGGCCGGGAAUUUGGCCUUUGCCCUGCAGUACAGUAAGGAAGCCAUAUUAGCUUCUGAGCGGGCGUUUUUCGAUCCUUCUCUCCUGCAUCUUUUAUACUUUCCUGAUGAUCAGAAGUUUGCCAUCUACAUCCCUCUGUUCUUGCCGAUGUGCGUGCCCAUCAUGCUGUCGCUGCUGAAGAUCGCCAGUGAGAUCAGGCAAAGACGUGCAGAAAAACUUGCCAAAAAAGACUGAAGACAGCCAAUCACAAGCUGGGGAUUUAAGGACUGGGUUGUCUGGGACUGCUGUUAUUUCUAUGCACUGUUUUUUUUUUUUUUUUUUCAUUCCCCUUCCUCCGUUACACCAGAUCAGCAGACAUUACUCCCCUAAGGCCUGUCUGAGUUCUUCUAACUCUUUCUGAGAUUAAGUCAAGUUAGUGCUUAUUUAAAUUAAGCUCAUUCACAAUUCUAAAUGACAUCUGUUUUAUUUCCCAGUUACAUUAUCUAGUAAAGCAGAAAGUUGCUGUGGUAGUUUUUAUAAACAUAAGAAGCCCUCUACACACCGUUUCACUGUACAUACCAACAUUUAUAUCAGAUGGUGUUACAACUGCAUUUAACUGCCCUGCAGUUGCUGUACUGUAUAUUGGGAUGAGCAGUUUCUGUACAAAAAAUUUCAUUGGAACAUGAUUAAUCCAAAAAGUCUCUUGGGCAAGGCCUCUGCUCAUUUUGGUGUUAAAACUGGGUCUAAAUACUAGUAGCAACUGGUUUUGGUUAUGUACAGUAGAGGAGCAUAGGGAAUGAUUGUGUGAAAAAGCAGAUUUCAUACUGAAAGUGGAAUUAUAUUAUUAUACACAGUGAUGAAUGCAAUAAUGUUAGACCUGUUAACAUUGUUAACAAUGUUAGACCUGUUAACAUUAGACUUAUGAAAACAUGGAAACCUGACAAACCUCUAUACUGUACCUGUAUAAUGCGUUAGUGUUAAAUAACACUGUUCAUAUGACUGGAAGGAAAACACUGUACAGCCGAGCACCUUUCGAGUUGAUAUAAUUUGAAACCUUUUUCUUUUGUAACUACUGAUUUCCCCCCCACACAAUCUUGUGCAGGCUUAUGAAAUGUUGUUUUUGUGAAAUAUUUAUUAUUUUAAUGUUAUAAAUAAAUAAGAAAUCAAUUUAA